UUCAAGUUUUAACGCUUGGAUUGUGAUUCUAAGUGACCAUGUACUAGCUUCUCACAGACGAAUUUCAUGCAAUAAAUUUCCUCCUAACUGGGAAUCCAUUACGCCCUGGCACAUGAGAACCACACAAGAAGCAUGCGGGUGGACGCCACUCCAAGGCCAUCAUAACUUGAUAAGGUUACAUGUGUGGAUAGUAUGGGGAGUCACGCUGUACAAUGCACAGCCGUCUAGAAGAUAUAAAUAUAAAGAGAUGGGACACGCGCCUAUAUGACCAUCAUCGCUCUUCCUUGCUAACGCCCUGGUAAGACCAAACCUCUGAGGAUUACGCAUGGAUUGAGUCAAACUGACGAUUGAUUUGAGCAAGUAAGGUGCGCCAGCUCUCGAACGUGUGAGAGUUGACAAUUACUCAACGUCAAGCCUAGCUUUAUAGAGCAUGAGGAGAACCCACCGGACACAUCCAUUGACCGACAUCUUGCCGACCAGUCUGGCGAAUACAGCUGUGAUAGCUUCUAGCUCGAUGCAGCCCGAUGCAGCAGAGAACAAAUCGAUUCUAACACCAGUCAUGACCUUGGAGGGACAUGAACCAUGGAAAGUUCUCCUUCCGGAUGGUGACCAUCACGAAUACAAAUAUGUUUCGUGCAUUUCCUAUUCUCCUGACGGCAAGCAAAUGAUCAGCGGACCAGGCGAUGAGACGAUUCGGCGAUGGGACCUGCGGGAGGGUAAGGAGAUUGAGGAGGCUCGGGAGGUUUGUGAUGAUGGUAUAAAUGGGGUGGGGGUAUCAAGGGAUGGUCGAUGGGUUGUCACUGCUGGCUAUAGCCUGGGACUCCAAGUCAGUGGGGUUGAGACGGGUAUCGUGAGAACAUUUGACAAUAUUGGGUUGAUCUUUUGCAUCGAUAUCUCCGCGGACAGCGCGUUGGUAGCGGGUGGGUCAGAGUAUGGAACAGCUCAGAUAUGGAGCUUGGACACAGGCGAACUCAUAGCUGGUCCAUUCGAAGCAGGCGAGGGAAGCUUAAUGAUGUCAGUUCGACUCUCGGAAGACUCUCGGAAGCUGGUGGU